AUGGAUAAACAUUAUAUUACCAGAGCUGCAUACCGAACUCUUUCUGCUAUUGAGCACAAUUUACCAAGAGAAAGUGCAAUUUUUAUAAGAAAAAAAGAACUAAAUGAUAAAAUGAGUAAAAUUAUACCAAUACAUACUGUCGAUUUGAAGCUAUCAGCUCUUCAAGUUGAAGAAUUUGAAGAUAAUAUGGAA